AUGACGGACAUCUUAUAUGAGCCAAACGACGACGAAGAGCAGAACCGCAUGGAUCUGGUCCAUCAUAUCUAUAGUCUUCUUCUAGCAGGGAAGCUGCAUACUGCCCCAAUUGACAAUCCCCAACGCGUCCUUGAUCUGGGCACAGGUACUGGCAUCUGGGCAAUCGAUUUUGCAGACCCCAUUGCUGACCUUGGGAAGUGGGCAUUCUUCAGCCGAAGUAGUCGGGACAGAUCUGAGCCCCAUCCAGCCGGACUGGUGAGUUAUGAGCAUGCCUUCUCCUUAGCCCAGGCUCAUAUUGCUUGCAGGGUUCCUGCCAACUGCGUUUUUGAAGUCGAUGACUUUGAAGACCCGUGGGUUUACAAGAAGCCGUUCGACUACAUCCACGCUCGAGAGCUUGAAGGAUGCAUCGGCAACGAGCAGCAGUUCUUUGAUCGCGCGUUCGAAAACCUCAACAGCGGCGGUUAUCUCGAACUCCAAGCCCAGCGUGGUUUCUUCAUGUCAGACGAUGACUCGAUCAAGAAAGCUGUGAAUGCAGAGGUCUGGGCUGAAGCAGUUCGCGACAGCAGUAGCAAAUUCGGAAAGCCUAUCGACUGCGCCAUGAACUGGAAAGACAAGGUGAUAAAGGCGGGGUUUGUGGAUGUUCACGAAGAAGUCCGAAAGGUGAGCUUUAUGUCUGUUGAGAAAGAAUGUCGUUGGCUGAUCAUGAGACAGAUUCCAAUUGGUGCCUGGCCUAAAGAUCCUGUCCUGAAGGAAGUUGGCAAAUGCCAGGUUGUUCAGUCUUGUGCAGCCAUUGACUCGUACACUCCAAUGCUGCUGGAAAAGGUCCUUGGAUGGUGCAAAGAGGAAACCCAGGUCCUUAUGGCGAAGGCGAAAGGGGAGCUCCGAAACCCCUCUAUUCAUCUAUAUCUUCCUGUCUAUUUCAUCUGGGGGAGAAAGCCAUAG